AUGGCUUCGGACCAUGGAAUUGGUCCCCGCAAGAGGCGGAGGAUCAGUCCUCCAGGGACUGUGCCUUAUGUCCUACGAUCCCUCUUCGAGGAUGUUCCGUUGGCAACCGAGCAUAGCUCCGACGUCUACAUCACCUGCGUUGAAUACUGGAAUGAGAAUCUAUACAUCGGCACCUCUGCAGCCGAGAUCCUGCACUUCGUAUGCCUUCCGCCAGCUUCCCCAGACGAGUCCAGCGAGCCUACCUUUAUACUGGCAUCCCGAUUGCCUAUCCUAUUCGCCCAAAGCCCCCCAGCCGGGAGUGAACAACAAGGCGUCCGGCAAAUAGUUAUCUUAUCCUCAGUGGGCAAAGCAUGUGUUCUCUGCAAUGGCACUGUUACGUUCUACAUGCUGCCGGAGCUCAGCCCGGCCUUUGGAACUACAAAGGUCAACCAAUGCCGCUGGAUCGGUGGUCUAGAUCUCAAUCGGGAUGCAGAGGAAGAGGAAGACCCGACGGUGAUGAUCGCCGUACAGAACAGGAUAAUGUUGGUUCAAAUCGGGGACGAGGCGCGCCGGAUCAAGAAGAUCGAGUUCCCUGGUUGCUUGGUUGCGGCACGACGAGGAACCAUCGCCUGUGCUGCUGAUUCACACUCAUAUUCAUUGCUUGAGGUGGCGCACCAACAGAAGAUCCCCCUCUUCCCUAUUUCCUCCUCGAGCGAGGUCUUCGAGUCGGGACAUGUCGAAGACAUGAACCCAGCACCACCGACUCCACUUAAGCGUUCUCCCUCGUCAUCCUACCCGAAUCCACCGCCAGUUGAUCCUCGUGGGCAUGGUCGAAGCAGUAGCGCAAAUACCUUCGUGGGAAUGCUCUCACCGCAUGCACAAGGGGCUCAGAUAGACAGAUCACCGUCAGGGACACCGGAUCCUUUCACAUCUAGUGGGAGCCUUCGAAGAUCGAGCUCGGAAGAGCGUGAAAGUGGAAGUUCCCCCAAGCCUGAAAACCAAGAAUCAGACAACCACCCUGCAAGCAACGACAACCUCAAGCCAUUACCACCUGUGCCGGCACCAACAAAGCAAAGUUCGAAGCGUCUGCAGCCUCAUGUGGUGUCUCCCACACCCUCAGAGUUCUUACUAGUCACCGGAACUGAGGCAACAGAGCCGGGUGUUGGAAUGUUCGUUGACAUGGACGGCGAAGUGGUUCGGGGCACGAUCAACUUCCACCGAUUCCCCAAGUCAGUUGUAAUUGAUACGGGUGAAAGUGAUCAAAUCUUCCAACCAAAUGAAGAUGCCAAAGAAGAGUUUGUUCUCGCUGUCAUCGAAGACGAUGAAGAGGGGGAGUCUCGAACGCGACUUGAAAUCCAACGCUGGGAUGAUGACCCAGGCGAGAUCGAGCGGAAUAAAAGAUGGAUCGAGAUCCCUCCACCUGGAGAAGACCGAGCCGCCCAAGUUGGUCUCAAGCACACACUCAGCCCCAGCCAUCUCGAGCUUAAUGAAAUUGGUAAGCUGUUACAAAUGGUCCGCCUCAAAACUCCUCUGUUAUCUCCCCAUGUCCCGGUGGCAGAUCCAAGAACACACGCAUCCAUCGAGCAGCUGCAGAAAGAAAAGGAACUAUUCGAUUCACAAGAUUUGACCGAUUCUGAUGGACCCAAAAAAGGCGAGGCCUCAUCAGAGCAAACCUGGGAGGCUCAACGGAAUGCCGAAGAAGCAAAGUUCGCACAUGGACUAGGCAAGGCUCAGAGCAGUCUCAUUCUGUGGUCUGGCUCUCAAAUAUGGCGUGUCCUACAGAACCCUUUGGUGGUCCAACUCGAGGACGCUCUGCAGAAGGCGCAGGAGACAAACAAAAGCGACCACACAGUGCUACAGAGAGAUGCUGUUUUGGACUUGCUGCUAUCAGUUCAGGACACAGAGCCAAAGACCGAAGCUGAGUUCAUUGGGCUCAGCUACGUGAAGCAAAAGGCGUGCCUCUUACUCUAUGGAGACCUUCUAUCUAUGCAGCCGAACGACCGUAGUGAUUCCGCAAUCAAGCAGACCGAACAAGCACUGGUGGCAGGUAACCUUGAUCCUCGUCUGGCCUUGCUGCUUAUUCCCCUGCUACGAUGCGAGGUGCUACAGGGCCCGCAGGGUAUAUGGAUACAUGCCGGAUUGGCAUCAAUGGCGGUCAAGUACACUCAACAAGUAGGAAAGACAGGCGUUGAUACGUCUGGGCUGGAUACGUCCCGCAGUCCAGUCCUUAACAUGGUGAAGCGCUUCCUCCUGUCUUGGCAACAAAAGCGAGGAUACGGCAGCAUUACCGAUGAAUCAUAUGUGUUGGACAGCACUGAUGCUGCACUAUUGCAUUUGACCCUUGAACAAGAUGCCUACCUGACAACAGACCAGCGCGCAUCAUCACCUCUUCGCUCCGAGCUGAACAGAUUAGUUGAUAACUGGAAGGGCAACUUCGAUCGGGCAGUGAUGCUACUCGAGACAUACAAGCGGCUAUAUGUGCUAAGCCGCUUGUACCAGAGCCAAAAGAUGUCUCGGAAUGUCCUCAAGACCUGGCGGAGAAUUGUGGACGGGGAGACGGACGCCGGCGGAGAGGUCUCCGCAUCUGGCGUGGAAACGCAGAUGCGUAGGUACUUGGUGAAGAUCAAGGAUGCACAGCUGGUCGAGGAAUAUGGUGCUUGGCUGGCUGGGCGGAAUCCCGCCCUGGGCAUCCAGGUAUUUGCGGACAAUGCCAGUCGGGUCAGGCUGGAACCAGCGGAUGUUGUUUCUUUGCUCAAAGAGCGGGCCCCCAAUGCUGUUCAGGCCUACCUGGAGCAUCUGGUGUUUGCCAAGAAUUACGCACAAUAUGCCGACGACCUGAUCUCAUACUACCUGGACACAGUGAUUUCCGUUCUCGAGUCAUCCCCAGAAGCACGAGCAUCCCUAGCCGAUUCCUAUUCAACCUACCGGGCCUUACGUGCCCCGAAACCAACAUACCUGAACUUCAUCACGGAAAACACACCUGCAGAACCGUGGUGGCAAUCCCGCCUCCGCCUCCUCCAACUCCUAGGCGGAAUCUCCAGCUCCCAAUUCUCAUCCCAACCCCUCCCAACAGGAAUAAGCUACUCAAUCCCCGCCGUCCUAACCCGCAUCGAACCAUUCCAAAACGAGCUCGUCUCGGAAUGCAUCAUCCUAGACGGCCUCCAAGGCCACCACCGCGCCGCCCUCCGCCUCCUCACCCACGGCCUAGGCGACUACGACUCCGCAAUCCGAUACUGCCUCUUCGGCGGCCCGCGCAGCUCUCCCUCUUCAACAGGAACCCAACCAGAACUAGCAGAACAUACCCUGCAAUCCUCACUCUUCCGUCAUCUGCUAGAUGAAUUUCUCCAAAUCAAAGACCUAUCAGACCGCAUCGAGCGCACAAGCGAUCUCCUCGCCCGCUUCGCGGCCUGGUUCGACGUCCGUGAGGUUCUCGAGCUCGUACCGGAGGACUGGAGCGUCGACAUCCUCGGCGGCUUCUUCGUGCACGUCUUCCGAACUCUCGUGUCGCAGACACGAGAGACGCGCAUCGAGCGUGCCCUCAGUGCAGGUCUAAACCUGCGUAUCGGCGCCGAGUACAUCGAUGGCAUGGAGAAAGCAGGGCCAUGGGUUGAAGAGGCCGAGGGCGUGAGGCGGUUGAAGGAUGCACAGCCGAAACAGGUUUCCUUGCAGGCUGAUGGGUUUGACGAUGCCACCGAUGACUCUGAGUUUGGGGAGACGGUGGGGCCUGGGGAAGUGGGCCAGUAA